AUGGCUAUUAAAUCGGAGCUCGUGUAUGAGAAAAACUCAGAUAAAACUUGGAGUUAUGUUGAUUUGGGUGGAAUUGAAAAUGUAGAUUCCUAUGAGGUGGCAAAAGAAUCUUUAAUUUUUCAAAUUGUGUCUUACACAAGGUCAGCGGAAACAAAAAAAUUUCAAAAUAGUGAAGCUACUGUUGAUUAUAUCCGACAUUUAGACAAAGCUUUUGAUUUGAUGAACGGCAAAAAUCCAAUAGGGAAGGGAUUGAAAGCUCCACUAACCUUGAAAAAUAUAACCUUCUGGGAACCUGUUUUUGAAGAAAUACGUAAUUUCUUGCUUAAUUUAACAAUUGAGGGUCAAAGUAUAAUGCAACAUCGUAGAAAAACAUUCGCUUUAGGUUUUUAUGUGAAUACGAUAAGCUUUUCAAAUUUGGCGAAAGAUUUACUGACACGUACCAUGGAUCCUAUGAAAUAUUUUUUAACUUAUAAGUGCUCACAAGAUCAUAUUGAGAUGUUAUUUUCCUGCAUAAGGGCCCGAGGUGGUGGCAAUGACAAUCCAAAUGCAUUGCAACUGAAAUACACAUUACGUAAAUUACUUUUCAAAAAUAGUGUAAUGCCAAGCGUAAAUAGCAAUACUUACGAUAGUGACUAUGAAUUAACUCCAAUUUUAGAGUUUAGGUCUCCUCAACGUGCAAUGCAAUUAGAGUCGAUUGAACAAGAGAAUGAAAGUGAAACAUUUAUUUGA